GGGAUAUAAAAGGCCGCCCCAGACACGCUGGCUUCAGAGAGCGCGCAGCGAAGGAUCUGGAACUGGUGAGCGUCUGCAGUCCUCGAAGUAUCCGCUUCUCUUCCUGUGGCCAAAAUGUGUGACAAGCCAGAUCUCUCCGAAGUUGAGAAGUUCGAUAAAAAGAAGCUGAAGAAGACCAACACGGAAGAGAAGAACACGCUUCCUUCCAAAGAGACCAUUGACCAGGAAAAGGAGUGCGCCAAGUCCUCGUAGAGAUGGGCCCUCAGCACAAAAUGCCAACGCUCUUCCCUUUUUGUUCUUGUUCUUUUUUUUUAAUAACUGGGUUUUUUUAAUACAAUGCAUAUUGUGUAUUGAGAAAUGCUGCAGCCUCUUCCAUUGCGAUUGUCUCUCCUUCGCUGCUUUGGGUCCCUCCAAAGUUUGGCAAAAGCUGCCUUCCUUUGGCUUGGCUGCCGCCUCUCAUCAUCGCUGGUGCUGCCUGAGGCCACGAGAGAAGAGCAAACGAUGCAGAAA